UCGUGUCCCUCUCGCUCUUUUAUAAACUCUGAAACUUGCUCCUCUGCGAUCCAUCCGUGCAAACUUCACUGCGUCGAGAGUCUCGAGACGCUGGAACUUGUGGCAAUGGCGUCCAACCUCCGCGUGCACCUGAAGCACUGCUUCUCGCCGCCGUCCCUCCGGUCCUACUUCGCCGAGUUCAUCUCCACCUUCCUCUUCGUGUUCACCGCCGUCGGCUCCGCCAUCUCCGCCAGGAUGCUCACGCCCGACGUCACGUCCAACGCCUCGUCCCUGGUGGCGACCGCCGUCGCGCAGUCGUUCGGGCUCUUCGCCGCGGUGUUCAUCGCCGCCGACGUCUCCGGCGGCCACGUCAACCCGGCCGUCACGUUCGCCUUCGCCAUCGGCGGCCACAUCGGCGUCCCGACCGCCAUCUUCUACUGGACGUGCCAACUGCUCGGCUCCACGCUCGCCUGCCUCGUCCUCCACUUCCUCUCCGCCGGCCAGGCCGUGCCGACGACGAGGAUCGCUGUGGAGAUGACCGGGUUCGGCGCGUCGAUAGUGGAGGGGGUGAUGACGUUCAUGGUGGUGUACACGGUGCACGUCGCCGGCGACCCUCGCGGGCAAGGCAGGAAGGGGCUGGCGACGUCGGCGCUGGGCGCGCUGGUGGUCGGGCUCGUGACGGGCGCCUGCGUGCUGGCGGCGGGCUCUCUCACGGGGGCGUCCAUGAACCCCGCGCGGUCGUUCGGGCCGGCGGUUGUCAGCGGCGACUUCAAGAACCAGGCCGUGUACUGGGCCGGCCCGAUGAUCGGCGCGGCCGUGGCGGCGCUGGUGCAUCAGAACCUGGUGUUCCCGUCCGCGCCGGAGCCGCUGCCGCACGAGUCGCGCCACGGGAGCGUGGAAACGGUGGUGGUGUGAUUCAUCACAUCCGUAUUUUGUUUGCUUAUUAUAACUUGUUUGUUCCAGACUAAUGUGUGUUUGUAAUGGUUAGAUGUGUGCGUGAUGUUCGUGCAAUAAUCGAAGCAUGUUUGUAAAUUAUGUGUAGCUUCGUGAGUACUAUUACUGUUAUCAUCAUUAUGUGUGUUUGUAGCUUUGGAAUAAUCCAAGUACGCUUGUAAAUUAUGUUUGUAAGCCCUAUUAUCAUAUCCUUUU